CCAUUUCGCUCGCAAGAUGCACAUACGGCAACAUCUAUGCCAAAUAAUGUUAUGACGAGCAAAUAAUUCCAGUUCCUGACAGUCUCGCAAGCUCCAACUGUUUUUCCCCCGAAUCGGUCUUCCGAUGCGAGGUGGACUUGGACUGGUUUCAACCUUAUGAAAAUGGCACUCGGCACGUGUCACGCCAGUGCGUUCUCUUGGCACGUUCUGCUACCGAGAACCGCGGCUCGCUUUUCUUCACACGUCAGCCGUCGUUCACGCAUCCAUGGUCCCUUACGUACGAUGUCGAGUUCACAAGCUUCCUGUGAGACACCGAACGAGCUCAGAUUUUCUCGAGUGCCUCUCGUGGAACGUUCCGGUAAACAUAUUUCAACUACGACCGAGGUGCUCAUGUGGCGACAAUGGGCUAGGGCACAUGCUGCAUUGAAAAAGCUCGAUAAAAGCGGAUUGGAUGAUUUGCCGUCACUGACGAGUCUGCACACUGAAAUAGAUUGGAUCGUCGGAGAUGCUAUAGCCGCAACUCGACCUCAAGUACAAGGUCAACGUCAGAGCGUCUGGGCGAAAAGGGUUCUAAUUCAAGUUCAUGAAAUUCCACCGGAACACGAUAUCCUUCUUCGCGAAAGUCUCCCCGAGCUCAGAUUUUCUUGGUUGAAGCGUUUACGUGAGCGAGUGCCGCUUCAAUACAUCACGUCGACAUGUUUCUGGCGUGACUUAACCUUAGUAGUUUCACCCGCUGUCCUCAUACCGCGUCCUGAAACUGAGCUGAUGGUCGAACAUGUCAAAGGCGCUCUUACUACUCGUCCGGUUCUGUGUCGUGGCCCCUGGGUAGAUUUAGGCACUGGUUCCGGUGCCCUCGCAAUCUCAGUUGCAGCAGAAAUACUGAAGACGAGGACUUUGAAUGCACUGGAAAUCGGUUGCUCAGAAAGCAAACCUCUUGUUCACGCUGUUGACAUAAGUUCCUCCUCUGUUCAGAUAGCUCGCUGCAAUAUAUCAAGAUAUGACAAACUCGCUGAAGGAGGAAAACUCGGCGUUCAGGUUCAUCAAGGUUCAUGGUUUGAGCCACUCGAGUUGCAAGAUAUUGUUCACGACCGUGCCGGAACUCUCGCAGGGAUUAUCAGCAAUCCCCCUUACAUUUCAUCCAAUGAGAUGCGAGUUUUGCAACCGGAGGUUAGAUAUCACGAGCCCUGGUUAGCACUUGAAAGUGGCAAAAGUGGCGUGGAAGCACUGGAGGUAUUAUGCAAAGGCGCCUCGAGAUAUCUUCUCCCAGGGGGCUUCUUGCUUCUAGAGACGGGAGGCGGAGACCAGGUCACGCAUGUCGUCCAGCUGUUGCACAGUUUCAAGAAGGGUAAUUUGCGGGAAAAUGGAGGCGCGGUCCCAAUAUUUGAAAACAUUCAGAUACAUGCAGACCAUCGUGGGUUCAGAAGAUUCAUCAGUGCUUGGAAAUGUUGAUGCAUAUUUACUUUGUUGCAGGAUUCCAUUGAUUCAGCUUGUCAAUUUUGUGAAGGUGGUUCCGAGCAGUCUGCAUUCCGAAAACGCGAAGAUGCUAAUAAAAAGGAUGCGGAGGUUAGUAUAUGAAUUGGCGCCAUCCUGCUCCUAUUGCCGCAAGUGUUCUGCAGCCACAAUUGGCAACAUGCAAUCAGAACAAAAAGCCCUAUAUUGUGCCUUAGACUGCGGGCGGAAAAAGGGGAUACCGUGAUGAGCGUUGUACCUUCAGUUAAGGUUACUAUAAAUCAUGAUCUAGAUUUAGCAAGAAGUGAUUGAUCUGAAGCCCACGUCGAAGCGU